AUUUGCACAUUCGAUUCCAUUUCGAUUCACACCUAUCGUUGUUUCAUUUCGAACUAAAACUGAUCGCGUCCUGCGCCAGUGUGGACGAAUCGCGAAUUAUAUAAUAGUGAAUUCGCGAUUAAAAAUGGCGGGACUUGUGCAAAGUAUAUACAAUGGAUAUAACUAUGUGUUUGAUGAAUUACCUAAUCCGAUUACUAAGAAUUGGUUCCUAAUUGCCAGACCAUACCAGAUCAUCGGCGUGAUAGCUGUUUACUUAUUGUUCUCAACACGGCUGGGCCCCUGGUACAUGAGGAACAAGAGGCCUUACGACUUGAAACAAAUCAUCAUAUAUUACAAUAUAUUUCAAAUUCUUGCCAGUUUAUACCUUUUUACGGAGGGGUUGAUGUAUAUAUUUUCAAAAGAGUUUUCUUUCCUCUGCCAAAAUGUCGACGAUCCGACAACGCCUAGAGCACAGCAUAUUGCAAUUUCAGCAUAUUGUUUUUUCCUGAUAAAAGUAGUAGACCUACUCGAUACUGUUUUCUUCGUGCUGAGGAAGUCAGACAGACAGAUCACGUCCCUACAUUUGCAUCACCACACUCUGAUGCCGUUAGCAAGCUGGAUCGGAGUUACAUACUUUCCAGGAGGUCAAGCAGCCAUCAUGGGGUGCGUGAAUGCAUUUGUGCACGCGGUUAUGUAUUUCUAUUACUACAUCGCCGGCCUGGGCGACAAGUACAAGAAAUACCUGUGGUGGAAAAGACACGUCACUGAACUACAACUGGCACAAUUUAUACUUGUCGGAUCACACGCGUUCAUCACCUUGUUUUAUGAAUGUGGCUACCCAACGUGGAUAAAGAUUGGAAUGAUUAUAUACGCGGGUGUGUUCAUAAAUAUGUUUGGUCAAUUCUACUACGCCUGCUACAUAGUGAGGAGACCUCAACAGAAAGAAAAGAAUGCCGACGAUAAACUAGCUAAAGAAAGUUGUGACAAUGGUCGAGAUGAUACUGAAAAAAGUAAUGGACUUAAAAAUGAGAAAGUAUCCAACGGUGACACGAAAAAGGACGACUAUAGAAAUGGAAAGGAUGCGAAAGUCAAAACUAGCAAUGGAGUAAAGAGCGAUUUAAAAACUCAGUAACGUAGUGUUUUAGUGCCAUAGCACACGACGGCAUUUUCACGUGCGUUUUUCAUGAAAAAGUGUAAGGGCAGUUUCAGACUAAUGUUUUCUCUGUGCGUAUUACGCUCGUUUUGGCAUAAGCGUUUACACGCGCGCUUACAUUUCACGCUCAAAUAUGUCGGAUUCCAGCAUGCUCACUCAAACAAGCGGGUCCCAAGAAAACCGCUCGCGGAUAUGAGCUUACUAAGCGAAAACGAUGCCCACAAGGUACAAUCCGCGCGGAUAUAUGUUUUUAAAACGCGCGACAACACAGUGAUUUUCUGGUAUAAAAAAAUUAUUUUUCAUUUUUUGCUUAAAAACAGUGCUGUAAAUUAUUAUUUUUUUCACAUUUAAGUACGUAUUUUUUUUAGUUUUUUUAAUUUUUUAUAGUACCUAUGUCAACAAGUGACACAUUUUGAAUUCAUGAUAAAAAAUUUAAGAUAUGAGCGUAGAUAUAAUAUGUAAAUUAAAUCAUUCAUAAAAUUACGAUUGCAUUGAAAACUUGCUAUUUGUUGCGUCUUUUGCGCGUGAAAAUAUCUUCGUGUGUUGAACCUGUUGACAGUUCAAAUGUUAUUAAGAACUGAUUACUUCAUUCCAAAUUAUAAGUUACAUUGCCUAUUUUGUAAUUGUUUUUGUUUCUAUCGUAUUGGGAUUAAAAUAAAAUGAAACUUUAGUUAACUUAGAUCUUGAAAGUAGGUCACUCAGAUUGUUUGAGCGAAAGUAACGUUUGCGAUUUAAAAUGACCACCAUCCGUAAAUGGUCACCAAACAGAACAGCUAUUUUGCCGCCAUCUUUCAUCGAGGGGUGUUAAAGUAUCAAAAAGUUAAUUAAAAUAGGUAAUGAUUGAUGAGCGGGAGUGAGCAUUAAUCUCGAGCUGAUAUCUAUAGAGCUUAAUAAUUACUUUGAGUUUGCUCAGACUUUACUAAGAGUUGAAACGAGGCAGAUUCGUGCCAAUGACAUAAGUUUAUCGUCUCAUUUUUAGGGUUCCGUAGCCAAAUGGCAAAAAACGGAACCCUUAUUACUGUAACUUAAGUCUGAGCAAAGUCAAAGUACUGACUACUACUAAUAGAUUUUAGCCUUAGGCCUUAAAGUUGAUGUUUAUGUUCAUUACCGAUGCGCUCGCGCGUAGUUCAUGUGAUUGUAUUUGAAGUUUGUACAGUUGUUGUCGGCACUGGCAUGUGAGUUUCUGACGUACAACGUAUUAAAUUUAAACGCUAAAAUAUUAUUAAGUACACUGUUGUAUGUGUUUAAAAAAUACAAUAAAGUUAAACAAAACAAAGCUGUCAAAACAUCAAAUUAUUAAUUAGUUUAACGUCAAAUAAGUAAGUAAGGAUUUUCAAGUAUCUACCAACUUAAAAGAUAUUAUGUACGAGGUUUUGUAUUAUAAUUAGGUUAAAAAAUUUGCUCCUGUUAUUUAUAUUUGAACACUGCUAUAAAACGUAAAAAAAAUAUUUAAAAAUUA